CGGAAAGGUCGCUUCUCCCUCGUGGCCUUUUCCUGCGCUCUGCUGUUUUUGCCAUGUCGGACGCUGAGCCGACGGCGGCCGGGAGGUCGCUUACCGAAGACGAAAUGGCGGAGGUGAAAAAGGAAGUUUUAGAACGAUUACGCCGCUAUUUGUGUGACAAAAUAAUUGCAGAAAGACACUUUGACUACCUACGUUCAAAGAAAAUACUGAGUAGAGAGGAUACUGAAGAAAUCUCUUGUCGAACCUCAAGUAGGAAAAAGGCCGGGAAACUGCUGGAUUAUUUAGCAGAACAUCCAAAAGGACUAGACACAUUGAUAGAAUCUAUCAAAUGUGAAAAAACACAAAACUUCCUGUUAGAAAAAAUAACUGAUGCCGUCUUGAAAGCAAAAAAUGAAAAACUUGAAAGUCUUAAAGGAUCACGUUGUAACAACUGCAUGGCUUCAGUAUGUGAGCAAGCAAACAAUCUCUCUAGAUCGCAGUCAAAUGACUCUAAUUUUUUUGAAAAACAAAGAGACAGAGAAAACACGUACCUUCAUCCAGAAGAAUAUAGUACAGCUGCUUUUGUAUCCGCCUCUUCUCUUUGUUCAAUGAAUUUACCUAUUACAGAGGUUGGAAACAUGGAAAAUUCAGUUUUCUCUACUCUUCCGGGACCUGGAGAUCCUGGAGCGCCUCCUGUUCCAACAGAAUUGCAGAGUGAGCAAGAGGAAAUAUCCACCACUUCCAGUGACAAUCCCUUUCUACCUUUACGAUCCCGCUCAAUUCUUCCGUAGUAGUUGCUUUUCUUGAAUAACUUUGGAAAGAUAAUAUGCUGAAUAUUGCCUUAUAUAAUUUUGCAAAAAAUGUUUCAUCUUUAAAAUUUCUUAUUGUACUUGGUUGCAUUACUUUUGAAAACUGAAAGUAGGUGUUUUCCAAAAAAUAUUCAUGUUUAACUAAUCAUGAAGCUGCUUGUAUUAUGCAAAUUAUAAUAAUAUUAUUAUAAUAAUUUUAUUAUUAUUAUAAUUUUAUUAUAUUAUAAUAAUAAUACAAUCCUGUACAUAGAAAUUCAGAAGUAAGCCCCACUGAUUUCAAAGGGAUUUAUAGGUAAGUAAAUAGUGGAAUGCUAUAUUGAAAAACAUUGGGAAUACUUAAAAGAUUUAAUAUAUUUCUACACUUUAGUAAAAAGUUUACUAUGUUCAUUCAGUUCAUAAUGUCAGACAACUUAUUUUCUUCUUACAUAGUGGCAGACAAAAUAGUUGCAGAAAUUAUGUCACAUAGAUUCCUGAUUCCUGAUUAGAUUUAUCUAAUUAUGCAAAUCAAUCACAAGGACAAUUAUUUAGCAUAAGAGAAACUCCAGAUUGAUGUUUGGACUUAUUUCUCUUACAGUUAUUACAUUGGAAUAAAGUUUUCAAUUGAACACUUAAUCUUCAGAAAAUAUUGUAUUCUGUUUGAACAGAAGGAUCAGGAAGUAAUGAGUACCUCAGCAAAGAGGGAAAAAUAUCUUCUGAAUUACAGCAUUAUGACUAUAUCUAUGAAGAUUGAUUGGUCUCAUAUUAUAUAGGUGCUCCUAGUUUAACAACUGCUUGUUCACUGACCUGGUAGAGUGGUACUUAACCAAUCCAUCAAAUUCUGGUUGUUGUGGCACCCCUGCAGUCACCUUCCAGCAUUACUUGAUGGAAAGUCCUAAUUUCCGCUUUUAAGCAAGGACUACCUUUUAUUCUGAAUGAUUCAAUUCUCCAAGUACACUUUUGGAAAACUAUAGCCAUUAAGAAAUCCCUUUUGAAUUAGGGAGUUUAUAAGAUGUUAGGCAUUAAAUGUAUACAGUUCUUUAAGAACUGGAGCUUAAAAUAUCUGUAGCAUGCUUACUUGACAGUCAAUUUGAGCACGGUGGAGCUUACUUCUAAUGGAUAUAUGUUAAGUUUGCACUUUUACAAUUUUGAGAAUAUUUCUAAAAUGAAACUUCUCAAUUUCUAUGCUUAUUUCUCAAGGUGAAACAAUGUUGUGUUGGACAAAUCAUUUCUACUAUGCCAUCUCAGGGAGUAUAAAAUCAUCUCUAUUUUUUUCUCAUGGCUUGAUUGAGGUGCAACACUGUAAAGAAGAGAUUCACUUAAAAGCAUAUUUAUUUUCUAGGUAGCAUAAAAGCAUUUCUUUCUCUUCAUCUUUAUCUUUUGCCAUUUUUGUUUCUUGGCCCAUAGCAGUAAUCUAAAAUAACAGUAUUUUAGAUUAAAUUCAAAUUUUACUAGCCAAAAGCAAAACAACUUCUGUGGGGCUUCUGGAACAGCAAAAGUUUUAUUUAAAAAAUGUUCUUCUACAACAUUUUGGAUGAAACUGCAGCCAGUUAUCUAAAUUAAUUAAAUAAGUAGCUUUGUGUUUACACAUGUUAUUUAGAAAGCUAUCUCACUGAGUUCUGUAGAACUUGUUCCCAGUUAGAUAUGCAUAAGAUUACAGCCCAGUAUUUUAAGAAGACUAUAUCAUGGGUGAUCAGCCUUUUGGUUUACCUGGGCCCCAUUGAGUGAAGAGGAAUUGUCUUAGAGCAAAUAUAAAAUAUAUACUUAAUGUAUAUAAAUCACAUAAUGUUGAAAGUUUAUAACCUUUUGAGGUCACGUUAGUAGCUGUCCAGAGCCGAAACCUGUUCUAUAUGAAUUCAAAUUGGUGCUAGGUUGUAUUAUACAGUGCACUGCCCAUGUUUCAGGACACAGAACUGUGUCAAGCCACAAUCAAAGGGUUAGGGUUUCUCUUAACCCUAGGUCUUGGGUCUCCUGUAAUCUGACAGUUUCUGUUGACAGCUUUUUAACUCAAAUGCUACCUCAGCUCAAACUUCCAUGAUGUUUUUGCAGAGCAUGAACUUCCCUGUUUGAUUACUAACUGCAGAUGUUGGCAAAUUUAUAAGAAAAUACUGUAUUUGCAUACUUACGGACUGAUUGUCCCUAUUACUUUGUCAUAUUUUCUUUAAAAAAAAUUCUAGUGCCUUAGUAUUGAAAUUAGAUUAGGGUUUUUUUCUCUCUCUAUUGUGCUUUAUUUCAUGUAUGCCAAAACCUGUGUGAAGAAUAAUAGGUACAUAUUGAGAAAUAACAUACUGCUCUAUUGAAUGAAUGUCUUUGAAAAUCAUUAUAUUUUUAAAUCAUACUUUUAAAAAGUAUAUACUUUAUAUAAAGCAAUGUUGAAUUGAAAAAAAUAUUUGGAAGUUUGUGGUUGCUGUUUAAUGCUUUACAAAUAUUUACAAGUGGGCAAUCUGUGAAGCAUUUGUAUAAUAAACUUAAACGAUUUUUAAAAAAUA